AUCUUUGUUAGGAAAAAAAUUUUGUUUUAAAUUUUAUUUUAGGCUAAAAAGGUUUAUGCUCAAAUUAAAAGAUUUUGAGCUCCUGUGAUCGUUAUACCAAGAAGUAACAACUUAACAAGAUGCAACACGUUUUGAGCCUCAUGGUCUUGCACAACAUUUAUUAAUGCAUGUCGUGUAUCAUUCAUCAAAUUAUGUUUUUAUUUGGAACCACAUGGAUGUUUUAUGUUCUACCAUAGGUGAUCCGUUUUUAUUAAAAUUAUAGCAUGAGAAAGGAAAUAUUCUUUUACUACUGGCCUGGGGGGUUUGUUAUGAAUUUUUUUUGUCAUUGUUAUUGUAGUUCCUAGAAUUGCAUUGAGCUUAAGUAAAAUAAUGAAUAUUGUCAAUUUCGUAUUUUGUAAACAUUUACAUAGUUUUUGUACAAAAUUAUUUUCUGUUUUCAAUUGUUGAUGUUAUUAUUAUGCGAUUAAAGUUAGAUUAAUUGUUGUUCAUGUUUUUCUUUUGUUUCAGAUUGAAUAAAAUGUCGUCGCGGGAGAGACCAGUUUUAUUUUUGUGCGGGGAUGAGAAGUUUGGUCUUGGGGAAUUCAAAAAAUUAGAAAAACUCGCAAUACAAAUGAACGUCAGAGUGUAUGAUAGAUCUCGGAAGUUUGACGAUAAUGUAACUCAUGUUAUCUAUCAUUCUAUCGGAAAUGCUCCACAGCUAACAAAAUCGGUGAUGUGUGGACUGGCUGCUGGGAAAUGGGUAGUGUACCACAGUUUUCUCGUCAAGAGUGCGAGGAAAAAGAGUUGGACCAACGAGAAAGCUCAUUUACCCUACCCUGCUUGUGUAGAACUAAGGAAAACAAACGAGAUUUCAGGACCUUUUAUUCACAUGAGAGCAGUUAUCAUCAGCAAUAAUGAUCUCAAGGUUGAAGCGUACACUUCUAUUAUCAAGGCAGGCGGAGGGAUCGUUUAUGACAAGAUCAAGGGGAUAAGAGAUCUGUCCGGUAGAAAGUGGCAAAGGGGAGAUUUAACACAUGUUCUGCUUGAUCUGGCAUUUAUGAAACCGAUGCAUAGGUUCUACGACCUGCUUGCAGAUUUCAUCCAAACAUCUAAGGUGUUGGGAAACGUAAGGUUCUUAUACUCUAAAUAUAUUCCUGAAUAUCUACGAGAAGGUGGUCAUGUGAAGGAGGAUAGGUUUGAUCUUCUUAAACCCGGAGUACUGUCCGGGUAUCUACGACGGGUAAACCAAGACGGAUUUAUCCGUUCUUCUCAUACCUGUAUAUCAUUGUCUUGUGCAUUCACUUAAAAAAAGAGGUUAUCAACGUAUUUUUAAGAUCCUCUUUUUUAACGGAGGUAUCUACACGCAACUUUUCAAUAUUAAAAAGUAUGCCGGGCAUGAUUGUUAAUAAAUUAUGACAUUUCAUAAAUAAAGGGUUACAUAAAAUAAUGUGAAUAGUCUUUUUAAAAGCAUGUAAUUUGGGCUGAAUUAAAUAAAUUUAGGUUUUGUUGAAAAUAAACUAUUUGGUGGUUUUGAUUAUCGAAACAAUAUGUAUUUACCGGACUUUUUUGUAAAUUUUAAUAUUAU